GACAGACAGGCCGACACAGACAGACGCUGCGAUGGCUUCGCCCCCUCCUCUUCCUCCCGUCCCGAAGCCCAGAGCUCGCUACAUCCGGGACAACCUGAAGGCCUCAGACCGAGAUCUGACUGGUGCGAAUCUGCAGUCUUCAUCCAAUGGCAUCCAUAGGAGUGGAGAUGAGGAUCCUCCUUGUCUUCCUCCUAGAUUGACCCGAUGCGUCAGCUCUCCCGGUCCAGCCUGGGUCUCCGGUUCGACUGCCGGCUGUGCCUCGGCGCCCCCGGCUCCGCCCAGCAUCAGCAGCAUGACAAACAGCAUCGCUGCCCACAUACCUAGCUUAGCGGGAGUUGCUAAUGCUGUUGCUAACCCUGCUGGUGCCGCCACCGCACCCAACACUGUCUCUGCUAACCCCAGCGCUCCUAGCUUAGACAGCAUAGUUAGCUCAUUAGCCACCAACAUACCAUGUUUGGCUGGGGUGGUUAGCUGUGUUGCUAACCCCUCUGCUAGCCCAGGAGCAGAUGGUGCCGUCCGUAACCUCGAUGCCGCCAUGUUUCACCAUGGCAACCAAAACCCUGCUGUGACGAUGCCUUUGGCUCCGCCCGCCACAGCUGGUAAACAUCGACCACCCCCUCUACCAAUGCCUGGGGUUACGGCAGAUGGCCUCACAGAUGUGGAGGCGUUGUUCGGGGCUGUGAAAGUGGCUUUAGAUCAGACUGCAGUGACCACCGUCACUCCACCGGAGAGCGAUGAAGCUUUAAACUCCUCCCCUUCGGCCGUGGAAGGAGAGGAGCUUUACAUCACGGUGCUCGCUGAGUGGGCAAAACAAGAGGAAGCUGAGGCUGAGUCGUCCAAUGAGGAGGAAGGUGCAGAGGUUGGCCCUACCUCCUCUGAUGCUGAUAGACCAAUGGAAAGAGACCCAGCUGCUGACCACGCCUUCAACACCAACAAUUCAACCAAUCAGUCAGGUCGCGUGGUCCCUUGUCGGCCUGCCCCGCUCCCUCCUUGUAAAGCCGACCAAUCAGGACAGCCAGGAAAACCUCAGAAACAGAAGACGCCAAGGGCUGCCACCAUUCGUGUGUCGAGGAAGAAAGGCGGCGCUGUGAGUCCGAGCGUGCAGAGCGCCGUGGUGAGGGCCAGCUGGCUGGACGUCUGGAAGGGCUUCAGGCACAGUGUUUUAUGGGCGACGCUGGACGGGCAGCUGAUGUCUCUGUGGAAAAAACGAACAGACAAGUUCAGCGAGGUGCUCUUCCACGUCUCCAGCAUCACCAACGUCAAGAAACAGGACAGAGGGCGGUUUUCUGUUUACUUCAGGAGGAAGCGCUAUGACUUCAUGGCACACAGCGACGAGGUUCAGAAUGGUUGGGUCUCAUCUCUGCUGGCGACUCGAGGCCAGCCAAGCCCCGCCCCUCCAGAAUUUCAUGGACCAAUCACCAUCAAGGAUCCUCGAAGCCGCGCUUACGCUGCCGUCUGGGGUCACGACCUCUGGAUCUAUGACAACAAGGAGGGUUACCAGGUGGGCGUGGCCUCCUUCUCCAUUCCUCUGAAUGUGGCUUCUGUCAAAGCAACAGGAAAACACUCGUUUACCCUCAUCACUCCAUACAGGAGCUUCAGUCUGUCUGUUGAUUCGUCGAAGGAGCUGUCCGUCUGGCUCUGCAGUCUGUCCUCCACCAUCUGCAACGCUCUGUCCUGCAGCCAGGUGGCGCAGCGGCUCUGGGAAAACCCCUUCAACAAGGUGUGUGCCGACUGCGGCUCCGCCCACCCGGAGUGGGCGUCGGUCAACCUGCUGCUGGUUAUCUGUCAGGCCUGUGCUGGGCAGCACAGAGCUCUGGGCAGCAGCUUGUCUAAAGUUCGGAGUCUGAAGUUGGACAGCAAGGUGUGGACCGAACCGCUCAUGCAGCUGUUUGUUAGCCAUGGCAACCAGCUAGCCAAUCAGGUGUGGGCUCCAGUGGUGCCGGCAGCAGAGCAGAUUCGCCCUGAGGCGUCUGAUGAGGAGAGGUCAAAGUUCAUCCAGAAUAAAUACGCCAGGGGGCGCUACAGACGGCCCCACCCUCUGGCCUCCUGCAACACACUAAUGAACAAGAGGCUGUGUGAGGUGGUGUGUGGUAACGACAUAGAGGAAACCAUGGCUUUGCUGUGCUCAGGAGCCAAGGUGCGUCAAGCAGACCCUCAGGGCCCCUCCCCCAUCCAGCUGGCUGAGAGGGCAGGACAAGCCCUGCAGACAGAGCUACUGAGACAUAACGAAUACACAGAGGUCCCGCCCUACCUGCCCCAGUCAGCCAAUCGGAGACGUGGCUCCACCCUCUCAGGUGAGGAAGCAGAGGAGCUUCAUGGGAAACUGGAGGAAGAUCGAUUUCUUCUGUCAUUAGAAAACAAGUCGGCGGCAUGUGACGUGCUGGACCUGCGAGAAAUUUUAUCUGUUUUCAUGAAAGACGGACCAGGCCAUGAGUUUGAAAUCGUGACACUGACCGACCAGCUGAUCUGUGCUGCUGACACACAGGAGAUGCUACUGAGUCACUUUGUGCAUGUGCUGAAGGUGAUUCUCCCAGUGGGAGUGUCUGAGGAGGAAGUGGGCAGGGCCUUGGGGAUCAGCAAAGUGUGUGUUGUGGAAGUGGGCGGGGCCUCAGAUCAUUCUGAAGUGUGGUUGGUCCUCUGGGAGGGUGGAGUCAGUGUUUACUCCACCCACCCACACACACAGCAGACAUGGAGGACAACACUGGAAGCAAUCACAAAUUACGGAAUGAAUUCAUCUGAAAACGUCAUCGACAUGGUGACUGGAGACAGGAAAGUUUCUCUGCAUUUUGAGGAAGACCACAGCUGCAAGUCCUGGUUCCACUGUCUGCAGAACGCCCUGAGCAGACCCAGCGCCGCUCAUCAGCAGGCCCCCUCGGCCAAUCAGAGCCGCCGGUCUCUGUACCAGCUGAUGGCCGGAGCCAGGGGCUCGGUGCCGCCAGCGAUGGAGCGCUGUAUCUCCCAUGUCACCCAGUACGGUCUUAAAGUAGAAGGCAUUUACCGACGCUGUGGCCUUGCCACCAAAGUCUCCCACUUAGUGGAUGCCCUGAUGACCUCACCAGGCUCCGCCCCCAUGGAGAGCGACGAGCAGGGCAUCCUGGAUGUGGCGGCGGCUCUGAAGCAACUCGUCCGUCAGCAAAAAACUCUGAUCCCCUUACAGGACCAGGUGCAGUGGCUGCAGGCCGCAGUUGUUUCAGAUGAGCGCUCCAGGUUUUCUGCCUACCGACGUUUGCUGCGACAACUGCCUGAUGACAACAGAGCAACACUGUGUGCUCUGUUUGGGCACUUUUACAUGGUUCAGGUGUUCUCGCAGGUGAACAGGAUGUCGGCUCACAACCUGGCUGUGGUUCUGGCUCCUUCUCUGUUCCAGACUCUGAACCAGGACCUGCUGCGUCUCACCAGAGAGCUGAUCAUCCACCACACUCUGCUGUUCCUGACUCCUGAGGGGGAGGAGGAGGAGGAGGAAGAGCAGAUCACCGUCUUCUGAAAAGACAGAAUGAACGAGGGGAUGAAGAUGGAGGAAGAGGACAAUGAUGUAGCGAUUAUCUUGUGUUUAUUAGAGAACCUAUAACAGAUGACAGGGUUAUGUUCUGGACUUUGUUCUGUAUUUUUUUUUUUUUUUUCUUUUUGUCACAAUGAAGGGCGCAGUA